CAAGUGAAAAUGCUCAAUGGCAUUGUUUCCAACAAGGGCCAUGUCUACUUCCAACUUAUCGUCAAGUAAUAGAUUAAGUCUGGAAGAAACUUCGUGGGUGACUCAGUUUUUAGAAACAUAUGGACAAGAAAACGUUAUCUAUAACUUGACGAUGGGAACGCCCUUUUGGUCACCACCUACUAGUGUUCAACAGGCAAUUAUCCAAUCAUGUGGCCUAACAGAGACAUAUCGUUAUGGAGCAACUUGUGGAUUAUCACAACUGGAGAAAGAAAUUGGAAAACUUUUAGACCUAAAGUUUGCAUCGUCUUGUGGCAACGAAGUGAUGAUAUGUUCGGGUUCCAAUCAGGGCUUUCUCAACAUUCUCUUAUGUUUAUGUAGUCCAGGUGAUGAGGUAAUCUUAUUCCGACCUUAUUACUUUUCACAUUACACUGCUUGUUUAUUGGCUGGAGUCAAACCAGUGGUUGUCGAUACAGAUUCAGAAUUUCUCCCUCAACCACAAGGGUUACGAAUAAGUGUCAAUACAAAGUUGGUAGUCGUCGUCAGUCCAGGAAAUCCUUCAGGAAGAGUUAUAAGUACAGAUUUGUUGCGUUCCUUGUAUCAGUUGUGUUUUCAGAGAGGUGUUUGGUUGGUAAUCGAUGAGGCAUACGAACAUUUCACGUUUGAUGGAAUGGAAAAUAGUUGUUUUAGUGCUACAGAUGGCGUUAUCAACCUGUAUACUUUUUCCAAGUCUUAUUCUUUGGCAGGGCUAAGAGUGGGCUAUUUUUGUUAUCCCAACUAUCUUCGAAAAUCCAUGUUAGAAAUACAAGACACUAUAGCAACGCAUGCUUGUCAUCUUGCACAGCAUGCAGCAUUGGCGGCAUUACGUGAUUCUUCGAAAGAAUGUAUUCAGAAUCAAGUACAAGAAAUGGUGCCCAGAAGAGAAAUAUUUUGGCAAGUCGUGAGUAAAUACAAUACAUAUAGAGCCAAUGGAGGAUUCUUCUUCUUCGUUCCUAUACCAAAGUCUAUCUCAUCAUAUGAUGCUGUGUCAUAUUUAAUACACAAAUAUGGCAUUUUGGUAUUUCCUGGACAAUUAUUUGGAAUGCCAAACUACUUACGAAUAUCCUAUGGUUCAUUAUCAUUACAUGAGACAAAAGAAGCGGCCAACCAAUUGAACAAGGCAUUAGCUACUUUAUGGGACAAUAGAUAAUAUACUUCACAAAAUAGGAUCGUAUGUUGCACUUGGAAAGCGACGUUACGAAAU